AUGUUCUCCAAGACUGCCUCCCUCGCCAUCGUUGCUCUGCUCUCGCUCAGCGGUGCUAUGGCCACCUCGCCUUUUGGCCCACCCUCAACUGCAGGCAUCGCUAACGAUCCCGCGCAGUAUGCGAAGUACUGUAGCGCUGGAAGCCCCGUACCGAACCAGGCAUACGCCUGCUUCCACUGGGGUGGGGAUGACAUUAGGGAGAGCAUGCUCGAGCCUGACAACGCCCAUGGCUACAUGACUUCGGACGGCAAAAACUUUGUUCUGAUCUGGGACGGCAAGACUCAGUCGUUCGCCUUCGACGACAACAGCUUUAUUUUCACUUUGGGCCAGAACAACUGCCUCAACGUCGCCAGGACGUCGCUCAUCUCUGGUACUGCUCAGCACACCGGACCUACUCAGAACUUCUUUGCCUGCCCCAACAGCGGUGUGAUGUCUAUCUCUUAA